UAUGAUGUGUCAUUUAAUUUAAAAUGUGAAUUAAGAGUGUCCAGAGUAUAUGUCUCACCCUAACAUUUUUAUUCAAAUGGAGGAGUCCUAAUAAAGUCGAGUAGUCGAAAAGCCUUAAAACUUGCCAUAACCAUCUUCUCUACCUUUGGCCACUGAAACCAGUUAGUUAUUUCAUUCAUCUUUCUCCCAAUUCUCAUUGGUGUUUUGUUCCUUACAUUCAUAGUCGUUAAUCGGUUACUGAGUUUUAUAGUUUAGCUUCUUCAUUAGCUGUUCUUCUUCAUUAUAUUAAGGUCUAAAUUGAGUCGAGUACCCUUUUCUUUCAAGGAUUCAUUUCUGCAUUACUUCAUAAGCCAAGCUUCGUUUUGGCCAUGUCUGGCUGCAUAGGUCAAAAGACUUAACUAGAGGAGAGUUUGGUCGAGGAUGAUUUCAAUUUUGUGGACAGACUGUCAAAAUGUAGGAGAAUUUAUGGAACAGUGAAUAGCCACUAGAUUUUGUUUCUGGGCAUGUGGGUUGGAAUUUUCUUUACCGUUUUGCAAAGUUUAUGUUGCUUAAAAGAUUUUUAGAUGGAUUUGUUAUGAUUUACUGUGAUUUUUAUUUUUUAUUUUUAUGUUUUCAGAGGGGCGUUAAUCUCGAGUUUAGGGAUAAAAGUGAAGUUGGGUUGAGCUUAUCUUCCUCGGGGAUGGAAAUCAGAAGAUAAAUUUAGGGACAUCUCUAAUUUUUAAUAUCCCUAUCGAUAGUAUAGCCAUGAAAAUAAGUUCAUCAUACAAUUUGGUGGUCCCAAAUUUGUCAAUGUUGAUGAAGCCUGCUCUUGUUCGUAAUCUCCACCGAACUGUUUGCUUCUCUUCUUUAACAACACCACCACCCACCACGCCAAAACCCCAAACUCCACUCUUUCUAAGGCCACCUACACACUCAGCUACCUUGUCUGACCUGCAAAAAUGGCACAAAUGGGCCAAAAAUCUUGCUUCCUCUGUGGGAACAGCAUUUGUGGAUUUAGAUAAUGGUCCGGACUCCAGCCUUUUGUGCAGAGAGCUGAAGUGGCUCAUGGAAGAUGCGACCGAGGAAAGGUUAAUACCUUCCCAACUUCAUAAUGAAAACUUUCAGAGAAAUGUUGGGUUGAGGGUGAGUCUGGAAGACCUUUACAGACUAUGGAAGCAGAGGAUUGAAGAGAGGAGGCCUUUCCAGUACAUUGUUGGAUGUGAGCAUUGGAGGGACUUGGUAUUGUGCGUUGAAGAAGGAGUCUUGAUUCCGAGGCCUGAGACUGAACAGAUUGUUGAUUUGGUGGCUGAUGUAGUUUCAGGUAAUGAAGGAUUAAGAGACGGAUUGUGGGUUGAUUUGGGGACUGGAAGUGGUGCCAUUGCCAUUGGAAUUGGGAAUAUUGUGAAGAGUUGGGGUAGAGUCAUGGCGACAGACCUGAGCCCUUUGGCACUAGCUGUGGCUGCUUUCAAUGUCCAGAGGUAUGAUUUGCAGGAUGUGAUUGAGUUAAGACAAGGAUCUUGGUUUGAACCAUUGAAGGGUGUGGAAGGAGAACUUGCGGGUAUUAUCAGCAAUCCACCAUACAUUCCAAGCAGCCAUAUUUCUGGGCUACAAGCUGAAGUUGGUAGGCAUGAACCGAGAACUGCAUUGGAUGGUGGUAUUAGUGGCAUGGAUGAUCUCUUACAUCUUUGCAAAGGGGCUGCCUCUAUGUUAAAACCUGGUGGAUUUUUUGCUUUCGAGACAAACGGUGAGGAGCAAUGCAAGUACCUUGUUGAGUACAUGGCAAAUGAAGGUGGAGAGAGUUUUUGUAGUGUAAAAAUAGUGCAAGAUUUUGCUGGAAUUCAUAGAUUUGUAACUGGAUUUCAUAAAUGAUUAAUAUUUUCUUUGAAUAUCGGACAUUAUCAAUCCGAGCGCAUUC